AUGCCCAACUUCGUCUUCAGUCUUGCUCAUUUCUGCGAGAUCCACGGACCUUCCAUCGUCAUAUGCACCCAGCAAAGCCGGCUGGACCUGAGCAACGCCUCUUCAUCCAAGCUCCAGUCGUGUGCUCUGUGUGAACUAAUACUACCGAACGAAGCGGUAAACCUAGCCAGUUCGGUUAACGAAGACGAAAAGUAUAUAUCUACGCGGUACCCGUCGUCACAGAGCGUUUAUACAGCCUAUGUCAAGCUCGUGAUGAAACUGUUAUCUGUGGAGACAUCAGCAGAUUCACUGAAACCAGUGUUCUUUGGAGAUGUGGUGAAUGGGUUCUGUAUGAGCCGAGUGUUCAAAAUUCAGGAUGUGAAUUCUAGAGGCGGUGAACGAAAGUAUGCUCUUGUCAUGGGCUGUGACGAGGAGCUGCACCUUCUACGAAACUGGGAUGUGGUGAGUACUUAUAUGAGCGAGAUCAUUCUGUCUAUACAACGGCAGGUGGAGAAGCAUUUGGCUCACGAAGCUGAGCAGCUGAAUAAUGUGGAUAACGAGAGGUACUUGAGGAGAUCGAAAAUUAGACCGAAAUCGCUAGUGGAGUUGACCAACGACGCCCAGAUCUUUGUGAGGUUCCAUCUCUGGGCGAUCGAGUUGUUGAGAGACGUUGUGAGUUGA